GAUAAUUGGGCACCGUGGGGCGCUGGCGGCCUCUCUCCCGGGGGCGGCGACGGGGUCGGCGGUCCGGGGCCCGGACGUGCUCGCGCCGUCUGGGAAACCAGGACGGGACGUUCUGUGACGCGUGCGGUCUCCCUGGUGGUGGCAUGCGCUGUGUGACCUGGGGCCGUUCCGGUCCUUUCAUACGCUGUCGCGGCCGUGGCCCACGCCUCGUCUCACCCUGCCGCCACGAUGUGGGGCCCGCCCACCAAGAGGCGGGGCUCCGUUCUCCAGCGCGCGCUUGCCCCUGCUCCUCCCCGGUGCCAAGCUUUUCUGCGGCGCCCCCCCCCCCCCCCCCGCGGGCGGGGGCGGCGCCGUGCAGCAGGGGCGCGUUCGCCGCCUUCGGCGGAGAGUGCUCGACCGCCGCCGACCGCUCGCCGACAGGCUUAUGCUCUGGGCUCCGCGCAGGGCGCCGACGGCGAGCAGGCAGGGUAAGAGGUGUCGGGGAACAUCGGCCCAGAAGUGGCACGACGCAGACUUUUCGGCUCGGUCCUCAGGGGACCCGCGGAGCCGAGAAACUACGCACCGCACCGCGUUGGAACGGGGCCCGACCUGAUCGUACUGCCGCCGACGGGACAUGGAGCCGCCCUUCCGCGCCCUGCGCCGGCUGCGGGCCCUGCCCGCCGCGGGCCUGCACGAAGCGCUGGCGGGACGCCCGGCCGUGCUGGGCGCGGGCUGCGAGGCCGCCUUCGCGCGGCCGCUGGGUCAGGCCGGAGCCUUGCUGGACCAGCUGGCCAGCGCGCGGGUGGACAUCUGAGGGCAUCAAGAUCUGCGCAGGUUUCUUGUUCGCCCUUCCGGCACGUGCGGCCAGCCGGGGACGUCACGCGGCUCGGGGGCUACUUCCGCCCGGGCGGCGCGAGGCCGACUGUGGCGGAGUGGCGGUCGGGCGCGGGCGAGCCGUUGGUGUUCGACACGCGCCGGGGCGGCGAACUGCACGGGCGGCUGCGCAGCGCGCUGCAGCUGCGGGCGCCUGGGCCGCUGCGGCGCUGGUCGCGCUCUCCGAUCGCCUCGCUCGGGAGGGCGCCGCCGGAGGUGCGCGGGCCGGGCUGCAAGCUGCAGUCGGCGGCAGAGGUGCGCGGUGCUGCCGCCUUCCUGUCGCGGCACCGGGUCCUCGGCAGGCUGUUCGCCUCCCUCGGCGUUCAGCCGUCCAGGCUGGGGCGGCGUUUCCUGGCCGAGCACGCGGACUGUGCCGUCCGGAAGUACCUCGACGAGGUAGGGAAUGCCGCCUACAAGACAACUUGUCGCGCCCCCGCGCGCGAGGAGUUCGUCGAGCGGUGCAGGGGCCCCGCCAAGGAGCGAUCCUACCGGGCAGCCCUGGAGACUCUGCGGCGCCUCACGGCGGCGCAGUAGGUCUUUCCCCCCGCCCCCUCGCCUGGGCGCCGGCGCGCUCUUCGCCCGCCGCCCGCGCCCCGCCGCGCCGCGCUCCGCGCGCAGCCGUGCGAGGGCGGGCGCUGGCGGCGCGCGGCGGCCGCGCUGAGGAGCUGGCUCCUGCUCGUGUCCGGGCGGAAGCGGUGGUUCUUCCAUGCGGGGGACGCGCCGCCGGCCACUGCCCUGCGCCGGGUGGGCGAGGCCGAGCUGCGCCUCCGCGAGCCGCGGAGCGGCGCGCCUGGCACGGAGCCCGGCCACUCGGGCGGGGAGCUGUGGGCGCACGAUGUAUGCUCAUGCCGCUUCUCUGUUCCUCCACGAUUGUGCCUGACGGCGUGUGGCACUGCACCUACAACGUGCACGUGGACGCGGAGCCCUUCACGAUAGGUGUCGGGGGCAUGGGCGCUUGUGCCAGCGACCUGCAGGUACUUGCGGCGGAGGGCGACGUCGCGGGGCUCGAGGAGGCCUCCCUGCAAGGCGCGCCAGAAGCCGCCGAGGCCGCCGCGAUCGCGCGCAUCGCCGUGGAGCAGUCGCACCUGCAGGUGUUGGAGUGGGCCCACCGCAGGUGUGGCGACGGGCUCCUGCGCUCGCGCUUCGAGAACGGCGUGUCGCUGCUUCACCUGGCCGCGGGCGCGGGCGAGGCCGGUGUCGCCAGGUGGCUCCUGCAGCGGGGCGCGGAGGUCGACGCGCCCGACGCCUCGGGGGCCACCGCCGCGCACUGGGUGCAGCUGUCCGGCUCCGCCGAGUGCCUGGCGGAGCUGCACGCCUGGGGCGCGGACGUGGAGGCCGCCGACCUCCGCGGCGGCUGCCGCCCGCUGCACUACCUGGCCGGCAAGGGGCACGCCGACGCCGCGCGGUGGGCGGUGCGCCGCGCCGGCGCCGACGCGGGGGCCAAGGACUGACCGCCUGGGCCGCCGCCCAGAGGCCUGGGCCGCCGCGAUGGGGCACCCAGAGCUGUCGAGGUGGCUGCAGCGCCACCGGUGGGCUGCCCAGGCGCGCCCGCUGCGCGGCCCGGCGCUUCUGGGGCUGGGCUGCGUCGCGCUCUGCGUCGCGGGAGGCGUUCCGUUGCCGUGGCCGUUGCGGCGGACAGGCGGCGCGGCAGACGCUUCGUGCGCCGUCGGCUGAACAGGAAUCGCCCCACUCCUUGGAGCCGGC